UACAUAUAAACACACAUGCAAAAUUAAGAGUCCCAAUAGAAUCCCUCAGUAUUCUUUCCAAUUUAUUCUCAAGCCUGACACUCAACAAUAAGUUUGCUAAACCUAUCAAGCUACCACUGAAUUCUUUGAUCAACUACCCAAUUGCAUCACAAGUAAUUUCCAAUCCUAAAAUCCCUAGCUCUCAAAAAGCAAUACCUUCUAGACAAAGCAAGCGUCAAUACAAGAUUUGUAUUAUUGUGUCUGACAACCCUGACCACAGCAGGCUUAACAGCAAGAUGUAAAUCAUUAUAUUAUGCAGUCACUCCAUCAUUUAUCAAAGUAACAAGGAAUACCAUUUUCAGUUAUUUAGGUGCAGGUCUCUUCAUUGUACCAGAAGUAUUUAACCCGUACUUAAUAUACAGAUAAUGAUUAUUAUAGAACAC